UAGUUGUCAGUACUGUUUGUGAUGUUGGAGUGAAAUCUCUCCACUUCCGUUUCAUUCUUUUUGGUGUAGAAAAUAAAUCUGACAAGAUGGGUCGUAUGCACGCUCCUGGUAAGGGUAUAUCCCAAUCAGCUCUACCUUAUAGAAGAACCGUGCCAUCUUGGUUGAAACUUAACGCCGAAGAUGUUAAGGAACAAAUUAAGAAAUUGGGCAAGAAAGGCUUGACACCAUCCAAAAUUGGUAUAAUUUUGCGUGAUUCUCACGGUGUUGCUCAGGUGCGUUUUGUGAAUGGCAAUAAAAUAUUGCGUAUCAUGAAGUCUGUUGGUUUAAAACCUGACAUCCCAGAGGAUUUAUACCACAUGAUCAAGAAGGCUGUUGCUAUCCGUAAGCAUUUAGAACGUAACCGUAAGGAUAAGGAUGGUAAAUUCCGUCUUAUCUUAGUUGAAUCCAGAAUUCACCGUUUGGCCCGCUACUACAAAACAAAGAGUGUUUUGCCACCAAACUGGAAAUACGAAUCAAGCACAGCAUCUGCUUUGGUAGCCUAAGUUGUAGCUUUUCCAGUUAAAAUGAUAAAUAGAUUUUUAUAUUUUAAAAAUAUAAAGU